AUGGAAGCUAAUUCAACAGUAAAUUAUGAUCCAAAAGAAUUUUAUACGGGUUCAGCUAACUAUUGGGCUAAUGUUCCCGCAACGCUCAACGGAAUGUUGGGUGGUUUUGGGUUCAUAUCAAAUAUUGACAUCGAUGGAUCUCAAAAUUUUUUGAAUUCCCUUUUUGAAUUUCUUUUCCAGAUUGAAGAUGCUCCAAGUCAUAAGUAUGCAUUAGAUUGUGGUAGUGGUAUAGGAAGAAUUACUAAAAAUUUACUUAUCAAAAAUUUUGAGUGGGUAGAUCUCGUAGAACAAAAUGCAAAAUUUUUAGAUACAGCCAAAAAACUUUUACGAUCUUCAUCAAAUAUCGGUCAAUUUUACUUACUAGGAUUACAAGAUUUUUGUCCAGAAUCAAAUAAAUAUGAUAUUAUUUGGUGUCAAUGGGUUUUAGGAUAUCUUCAAGAUGAUGAUUUGUUAAAGUUUUUGAAAAAAUGCAGCAACGCAUUAAAAGAAAAUGGAAUGAUCAUAGUUAAAGAAAAUAUAACGAGUUCUAAAAAAAUCGAAAUAGAUACUCAAGAUUCUUCAUUCACUAGGCCAUAUGAUAAGCUUAAAACAGUAUUUGAUGCUGCAAAUUUGGUAUGCAUCAAAGAACAAGAACAACUCCGUUUACCUGAAGGCUUAUAUCCUGUACAUAUGUUUGCACUAAGGCUAUUUCAAGAUUCAUUCAUUCACUUGGGUCGUAUUUUUUCAUACAUAAAAUGUUGA